GAACGUAUUGAAAGCGAAUGCGAUGACAUCAUGUGGAGAGCUUCUGAAACAACUCAUUUAACAGUGAGCACAUGCGGAGCAGCGAAAAUGAAACAGCUAUCCUUUAGAGCAAGAAAACUCUUCCAGACAUCUGCACUUAGGGAGAGGCAAAGCUGGAAGUCUUCCAGGGGCGGGGAUUACACGCCUGUCUGACAUUUCACAUACACUGAUCAGUUUUUGGGAAAUCUGCUGAAUAUUUGUACAAACUGUUACAGUGGUGCAACUGUUCACUAAAUGUGUGCUUGGUUGUCUCUGUACCUCUAAAGGGAUGUAGGAUUAAAUCUGUGAAUUUAAAAGUGAUAUUUUUGACUGUACUACCCAGUGAGGUGGAAAAUAGUAAUAAAGAUGUCUUUGACAAAAGAGAGUGCGCAGAAGAAAUGGGCAGCUGUGAAGGAAAAACUUGCUUCUCCAGAAAGUGACCAAGCAGAAGCUAACCUGGAAAAUGCAGAGCCAGAGCUUUGCAUUCGUUUACUGCAAGUGCCCUCUGUUGUUAACUAUUCUGGGCUAAAGAAGAGACUGGAAAGUAGCAAUAAUGCUUGGAAAAUGCAGUUCUUGGAGCUGGGUGGUCUGGAUCUGUUGCUUGAAGCAUUAGAGAGGCUCUCUGGAAGAGGGGUGUCAAAAAUCUCAGAUGCUCUGCUACAGCUUACCUGCAUUAACUGUGUCCGUGCAGUGAUGAAUUCAGAGGAAGGGAUGGAAUAUAUAAUAAAUAACAAGAGCUAUGUUCGACAGCUGUCAGAAGCACUGGACACAGCUAAUGUCAUGGUGAAGAAACAGGUGUUUGAGCUGCUGGCUGCACUAUCUGUAUAUACAGCUGAAGGCCAUAGCCGAGCCCUGGAUGCUCUGGAUCAUUAUAAGGUUGCGAAAAGCCAGCAGUAUCGAUUCAGUGUAAUCAUGAAUGAACUGCAUACUACAGACAAUGUUCCGUAUAUGGUGACGUUGCUGAGUUUCAUCAAUGCAGUAGUUCUGGGAAGUGAAGAACUGAAAUUCCGUGUUCAACUGAGAAAUGAAUUUAUAGGUCUUCAGCUGUUGGAUUUAUUACCCAGACUGAGGGAGAAGGAAGACGAUGACCUUUUAAUUCAGUGUGAAACUUUUGUGGAUUUCAAGCAAGAGGAUGAUGAAGAACUGAGGAAGAUCUGUGAUGGAAUUGAUAUGAAUAACCAUCAGGAAGUUUUUGCAGUACUUUUUAAUAAAGUAAGCAGUUCUCCUGUCUCACAGCAGCUGCUAUCAAUUUUGCAGAGCCUGUUAGAGCUAGAUCCAUCUGAGGGCAAUAACAUUCAGUUACUAUGGCAGAUCCUAGAAACCCUAGUACACCGAGCAGUUCUGCUUGCUGAAGAUGUCCACGAAAAUGAUAUUCCCAAAAUCAUGGAAAGGCUUCUGGUUCAGAAAAAACGACCUCAUGAUAGACAAGAUGAUAAAAACAAAUCUGCGAAAAAGGUUGCUGAUGCUAGUGUACAGACUAAUUUGUCUGCUGAUGGAUUCAGAGAUGGACUGGUAUCAGCUCAGCAUAAAGAAGCUACUAUGUCUGCAUCUUUCACAGGAUUAGACCCUGAAAAAAGUGCUUUGCUACCUACUUUUUCACCUGAAGCAGGCAUAGAUUUGAAAUCAUCAGAGUCAUCUUCAUUCCCAUCAACAGAUUCUUCCAAAGCAGUCUGUUCAGUUCAAAAUACUGCAACACAGGCACAUUGUGUCACAACUAGCAUCUCUCCUUCUCCCACUUUGUGUCCAGAGUUGAAUUCAAAGUCAGUAGUUGCCCCUGAUUUGGACGGGAGGCCAGCAAUACCUCCUCUUCCGCACCCUUCCACAUUGUCUGUCAUAAGUAGUGUGCCCCCACCACCACCUCCUCCCCCAUUGCCUGGUAUGGUUGGAAUGCCCCCACCACCACCACCUCCUCCCCCAUUGCCUGGUAUGAGUGGGAUGCCCCCACCACCUCCACCUCCCCCCCCAUUGCCUGGUAUGGGUGGGAUCCCACCACCACCUCCACCCCCAUUGCCUGGUAUGGGUGGGAUCCCACCACCACCUCCACCCCCAUUGCCUGGUAUGGGUGGGAUGCCACCACCACCACCUCCUCCCCCAUUGCCUGGUAUGGGUGGGAUGCCACCACCACCACCUCCUCCCCCAUUGCCUGGUAUGGGUGGGAUGCCGCCACCACCACCUCCUCCCCCAUUGCCUGGUAUGGGUGGGAUGCCUCCACCACCACCUCCUCCCCCAUUGCUUGGUAUGGGUGGGAUACCCCCACCACCUCCACCAUUGCCAAUGAGUGGCAUUCCUCCACCUCCUCCACUUGGAAUGAGUUCUGGUGAGGUUGUUCCUCAAGUAGCUUUUACUCUUGGAUGGUCAAAGCCAUUGCCAUUCAAGUCUACAAGGCAUCCAUCGCAGCGAAUGAAAAAACUGAACUGGCAGAAGCUGCCUGCAAAUGUUCUCUCAGAAAAUCAGUCUUUAUGGGCAUCGCUGAAGAGUGACAGUGAAGAAGUCGAGCCCGAUUAUAGCAGCAUUGAGGAACGUUUUUGUCUUCCAUUGGCAACGCCUGUAGAAAAACAGGAUGCCACAGCUAAGAAGGAAUCAAAAGAAAUUACAUUCCUCGAUCCAAAGAAGAACCUUAAUUUAAAUAUAUUUUUGAAGCAGUUCAGGUGCCCUAAUGAGGAGGUGGCAGACAUGAUCCGGAAUGGUGACAGAACAAAGUUUGAUGUUGAAAUCUUGAAGCAACUGUUAAAACUUCUGCCAGAAAAACAUGAAGUAGAAAAUUUAAAGUCCUACCAAGGAGACAUGGGCAAACUGGGAAAUGCAGACAAGUUCUACCUUCGUCUCUUAGAAAUAACCUCCUAUCAGCUGAGGAUUGAAAGUAUGUUGCUAUGUGAAGAAACAACAGUCCUCCUGGAUAUGUUGAAGCCAAAAGCAGAACUAAUCUACAAAGCGUGUGAAAGUGUUUUAGCAAGCAAGAGGAUGCCGAGAUUUUGUCAUCUGAUUUUAAAUGUUGGGAACUUUCUGAAUUACGGGAGCCAUACUGGAAAUGCAGAAGGUUUUAAAAUGAGCACUCUUCUCAGACUGACAGAAACAAAGGCAAACCAAUCACGGAUUACUUUGUUGCACCAUCUUGUUGAGGAGGUUGAAAAAAAUAUCCAGGAUUUAUUGACACUCCCAGACGAUUUGGAAGCAGUUUCAAAGGCUGCUGGGUAUAAUUUUGACACAAUUCAGUCUGAAGCAAAUGCCAAUUUAAAAUCAUUGAAAGAACUUAAAAAAAAAAUUUUGUCAUCGCCAGAAGAUGUAAAGUCACAAUAUGAAAAACCUGUCCAGAGUUGUCUUGAUUCUGCGGAAGAGCUACAGGAGCUGUUUGAAAGUAUUACAGCAAAGAAGAAAGAGCUAGCCGUCUACCUUUGUGAAGACUUCAGCAGGUUUUCAAUGGAAGAAACAUUUAAUACUCUGAAUGCGUUUAGGACAUCAUUCAUUAAAGCAAUAAAGGAAAACCGAGAAAGAAAGGAACAAAUUGCAAAGGCAGAGAAAAGAAAGAAACAGCUAGAGGUGGAGGAUGCUAAAAGACAAAAAGGAGAAAAUGGCAAAAUCAUAAUCAAGAAGGGAGCUGUGAAGCAGGAAGAGGUCUGUCUUGUGGACGCCCUUCUGGCAGAUAUUAGGAAAGGCUUUAAACUAAGGAAGACUGCAAAAGACCAGAGUGACUCAGGACAUACUCCAAGAAAACCCAUCGGUGAUAUCACCAACAAAUUGCCAGAUGGUGCUACCUCUGCCGAUUCUACAAAAACAUCCAAGACAGAAUCUUCCUCUGAUGCACAGCAAUUUGAAAAGACUCCCAAAAAAGAUGGCAAACCAGAACCAUCUGAAAAACUAGUUUUGAAUUUACCAGUUCCUAAACAAGAAUCUCACAAGAAUGAUGCUGACACUGAUAUCCUAGAAAAGAACAAUGUUGAUAUAGUGGCUAGUUUAUCAAAAGACUUGGCUGAAAAUGUAUCUGAAGGUGCAAGCAUAAGAUUAGAGGAGAAUGAAGCUGAAAACCAUCAAGCAGGUACUCAAAACAGUGUUUGUGAAAGCAGUGUGCCCUGCAAGCCAGAGGAAGAAGCUCUACAGAGAGAUGGCACCCCUGAUGUCUCAUGCUUAGGAGGAGAACUGGAGACAGUUAACCAACGUGAAAAUGUUACUGAAGUAAUACUUAGUGAUUCCUCAGGAAAAGGACCAAAUGGAGGAUUCAGUGUAAUACCUGGAAGUAUGGAAGGAGAAAAAUCAUGCAGUAGUCUCCUUGAAGGAGAUAGGUCAGAAGUUGUGGAGCUUAGAGAGACAAACAGUUCCCAUAUUGCAGAAGGAACUGAAGUACAGAAUGUUUGUGAGGCAAUAGAAAGAGAUAAAUCACAGAACAGUCUUCUUGAAGGAGACAAAGAAGAUGAUGAACUUAGAGAGAGAGACUCCUUCCAUACUGCAGAAGGAACUGAAAUACAAAACAUUUGUGAUGCAGUAGACAGCAAAUCAGAAUCAUGCAAUCUGCAGCAGGAGCUACAGAGUUCUACAACAGUUGACGAAUCCUCAGAGAUAGAGUCUCAGCCACAGACAAAAGAAAUAGUGAGAGGAAAACGAUCUACAAAGCAUAAAAAGAAAAAGAGGCAUUCUAGAGCAGAAGCAGAACCUGAGAGUAGAACUGGAUUUUGUGCAAUACAGUGAGUAAAUGCCAUGAAGAAGAAUGAAUGGAAACCAGGGCAGACCUGUCAAAAGACAUGAAUGUCAGGUUGUUGAUCCUUCCGAAGUGUGACAUAACAUCAGCUGCUAAAGCCCACUAGCACUUCAGACUCCAUUCAGAGAAACCAUAGCAAAUACAAAGAAAAGUCAGCAAAUAUACCCUGUAGUCCACAAAAUUCUUGUGACUUAUUCAGGAAAAAUUGGAAUAGAUGAAUGUGUUCAGUUCAUCUUUGGGUAAUUUGUUGGAAUGCUUUAAACAGACUUUCGCAUGGCUGGUCCUUCACAACAAAACCAGCAGGGAUCGGAUCUGCUGUUAUCCUUCUGGCUUUGUUAAAUGUGCACUUUGAUGCCAUUCUGUAUAAUGGCUUUAUGAUAUCACUACUUAAUGGAAUGAUAUGAGGUUUCUUUGUGUUUUGACUUUCGUGUUGCUACAAAUGCCACAGUUUACACUCCUAUGUUGUAUUACUACCCACAAAUCUGUGGAAGUGCCAUAAUGAAGACUUGGUGUAAUGUAUAUAUCUUUUCUGAUUAAAUGCAUACAGGUCUACAUUGUAAUGAUGCUUUAAAUAAGAAGCUAUAUUUGAUUUCUUUGCAAACCAAAAAUGUACAGGGUACUAGUUUUGGUCAUUACAGAUGCUUGUAUAAAUAGUUGUAUUAUUUUAUUGUUUUUGCAGUACUGAAGAGAAAUGUUUGAAUCUUAAUAGACAACAUACUUGCUGUCACUUACAUAUCUUUCAGCCUGUAAAUAUUCUUAAUAUAUCUUACUAAGAGUGGUCAUCUAACAAGGUUUAACAAAAGUAUGCAUGGGUUCCAAAAGUUUGUGGUACAGGUAUGCUUGCAGCUGCUGUCAAAUCAGUGUCAGCUUUCUGUGUGACGAGUCCAGCAGACUUGUUACUUUAUAAAAUGUCUUCAAAUAUUGUGGCUGUUUCUAUUGAUUAAUCUGUUUACUAUUACUUACAGUCUUCCAGAGGAAAAGCCUGUAUAUCGACAACUAUGUUACUUAGUAGCAAGAUAUAUAUUAGGUUGCUUUUCUUGUCUUAUUAACUAGCUACUUUGACCAUUUAGCAUAUUUUGGUAACCCUGUUAUACUGUUUUGAUCUUCAGUGGUUUAUCAAACACAAGAUGCAACAUUAGUAAAAGCUACCUUAAUGGCACACCCACAGAAGAUGUCUAAGCAGUCACCUUUUAGUGAGCGCACCAUACACACAAACACACACACUUAUAUGUCUGUGUGUGCCAGCUUGAAAUCCAUUUUUCUCACUGAUUUUAAAGUGCUAAAGAAGGUUUGCAUUUUUAUUAAUUUAUUUUUUUCUUGGCCAACAGAGUUUUCUAAGUUAUCAAAGAAAGAUUGUCGGUGUGUUACACCGUUUCAUUUUUAAUACCAUUAACAAUUUGUUUUCUUUUUCUUAGUUUCUAUGUCCAUUUUAACAAAGUGUACGCCAAAGCCAUUGUUCCAUUGUUGAAGAAACAAAAUACUUUACUAGGUUGAAAAUGAAAGUAACUCUGUGACAAACCACAAGGUCAAACUGUAUACCAGUGCCAGGAGUUUAUCUACCAUCUGAAUUUAGAAAGGCCAUACAAAUAUUUAUGCAGUAAUAAAACAGUUUACUCUUCACUAUAAUUACAAUGAAUGUUAAUUCUAGAACACUGUACAAGUCAUUCUUAGCUAUUCACUAUGUAUCUGUCUAUCUAUCAGUCUAUCUGUCUAACUAGCUAGAAUCUUUCCAGUGUGCAAACAAAAGACUGCUGUUGGGAAAACUAUAAUGAGGGUCGUCAACAACCUUCUGGACUCUUUAAAACUCCAAAGCAACCCACACAUCACUUCCCAAUCUUCUGCCCAAAGAUCCUGGCACCAGCCAAUCCUGUUCUCCAAGGCUUUUCUUGAGAAUUUGCUUUGGAGAUUGGACAUCAAAAUCAACUACACCACUGACUGCAGUAUAAAGUUUGACUGUAGCACCCAUGAAUUUCCUUAUAAUUCACUGGGAGUGUUUUUUACUAGUUUGACCUCUCACUGUAGUGGGAACACAUGUAACAUGAGCAUAUGCAGAUAUCCACUGUAAAGCCAGUCAUCACGAGUCAUUCCAGACGUGUUGUCAGAACAGUUGGCAUCUAUCUGAUAUGAAAUGCUUCACACAAAAGGGAUUUAAAUAAAUUGAUUUUUUGAAUAGUUGGA